AACGCCGCCAAAACAAAUCACUCACACUUUUUGAACACACACCCGUCGAGAAGAUCCAUUCAUUUUAAAUCAACGAUUCAUUCUGAUUCCAGUUUUGACAGUUCAGAACAUGUGCUACGAGGUGUGCUCUGGGAUUGAUGUGAAAUAAGCGUGAAUAGUGAUGUUAAUGGUAACUAUUCUUAUGUGAUAUAAAGUACGUAGUAUCAGAUAAGUGAAAGACACACAAAGAGCAACUUACUAAUCGGAGUUGAAUGAAAAAUCGAAACCCAAAGUUUCACGUCGUCCAAAACAAACUCAACCCGCCUGCGUUCAUUCGCUAGUUAACCGCUUCAGUGCUGAAAUUUUUAAUUUGCAUCCAUAAGAUGACCAUCGAUCAAAACGUGGAGGUUAAUCUCGACCCCACCAAUCUGCAUUUCACGGUGUUCAGCUCCGAGGACAUCAAGCGGAUCAGUGUCACGCAAAUUGUUACGGCGAGAUCGUUCGACGAGCUGGGCCAUGCCAUCCCCGGGGGUCUGUACGAUGCAGCGAUGGGUCCGAGCGGACGGGGCGAGGUGUGCAGCACCUGUGUGAAGGACAUCGCACAGUGCGAAGGACACUUUGGUCACAUUGAAAUUUGUUUGCCGGUGUUCAAUCCGUUUUUCGUAAAGACGGUAUACAAUCUGCUGAGGGCUUGCUGCACCAGCUGCCACCGGUUGCAGUUCCACGAUGCGAUGAAGAGCUUGCUGGAGCUGCAACUGCAGCUUGCGGAUGCCGGAUACAUUGUGGAGGCGGAGGAACUGGAGGUAUACAAGCAGAAGGUGGCGAUGAAUCCGGCCGAUGGGCUGCCCGAAGGGGUGGAGUACUAUUCGGAGCUACUGAUGAAUCAUCCGUACAAUAAGUUGGGUAACACAAAGAGCUCGGAUGCGAUUCGUACUGCUAUCGUUAAUAGCGCGAUGAAGGAAGGUGUGAAAUCCAUUUGCAUCCACUGCAAAAUGGCUAUCAGGAAGAUCAGGGUUUCCAAUAAACGCCUGGUGUUCAGCAUGAACCGAAACGAAAUGAAGGCUUUCUACGAAAAGAACGGCAUGAGCGACGUCAGCGAGGACAAGAUCAAGAUGUCGAGUAUGGUGGUUUUUGCCGAAGAAUGUCAGCAAUACUUUCACGAGCUGUACAAAAACGAUGGCGCCCUGCUGCAGCUACUAUUCCCGAUCCUGACCAACAGUUCCAGCUCGAUGAAGCAUCCGAUCGAUCUGUUCUUCAUGGAUGUGAUUCCGGUGCAACCCCCGCUGGUGCGUCCCGUCCGACGGGUCGAUGGCAUGGAGAUCCUGGAACACCCGCAAACAUCUCUGCUGCGGAAUAUUCUGAUGGCAAACACGACGCUGCGGGCGAUUUUGGUGCUGGCGAAGAGGGAGGGCGAAGAAACGGGUGAUGCGAUGGAAGUUGAAAUGAAGAAAAUCUAUGCCGCAGCUGAGGGUGAGAGUACCCACGAGAAGAUGUACAGAGCUUGGAUAUUGUUGCAAAAUUUCGUCGAUCAAUUGUUGGACAUCAAUGUUGCCCAGGAUCGGAACAAAAGUCGUGGCUUUGGGCUGAAGCAGAUCAUAGAGAAGAAGGAAGGCCUCGUACGGAUGCACAUGAUGGGGAAGCGGGUGAAUCAUGCGGCUCGAACGGUCAUCACGCCGGAUCCGAACAUCGGAGUGGAUGAAAUCGGAAUUCCGAUUACGUUCGCUAAGAGGCUCACCUAUCCGGUUCCGGUGACUUCAUGGAAUGUUUCGGAGCUGCGGAAGAUGGUGCUCAAUGGACCGGAAGGUUAUCCCGGUGCGAACAUGGUGGAAGAUUCGAAUGGCCACGUGAGUAGGAUUUCGAGCACGAAUGUGACCCAAAGAGAAUCGGUUGCCAAGACGUUGUUGACUCCGCACAGUUCCAAUCAACAGGGUGUUAAGAUUGUCCAUCGUCAUCUGCUGAAUGGGGAUGUGCUUCUACUUAACCGGCAGCCGACACUUCAUCGGCCCAGUAUAAUGGCCCAUAAGGCCAAAAUCUUGAGCGGAGAGAAGAUCUUCCGGUUGCACUAUUCGAACUGCAAAUCCUACAAUGCCGAUUUCGAUGGUGAUGAAAUGAAUGCUCAUUUCCCGCAGAGUGAAUUGGCACGCAGCGAAGCGUAUAACAUUGUGGCCGUUCCCCAUCAGUAUCUGGUUCCGAAGGAUGGCACUCCGCUGGGAGGUCUUAUUCAGGAUCAUAUUGUUUCCGCUGUGAAACUGUUCAUCCGAGGCAAGUUCUUCAAUCGGAAUGAUUAUCAUCAGCUGGUUUACCAAGCGCUUUGCAAUCAACGGGGCGACAUCGAGUUGCUCCCACCGACCAUCCUCAAGCCGGCAACGCUUUGGUCCGGAAAACAAAUCAUAUCCACGAUUGUAAAGAACAUCAUCCCGAAGAAGAUGCCCCACAUCAAUAUGAUUGGAAAGGCUAAGCUGAGCAAUAAACACUGGCAAACGCAGCCAUCUCGCGAGUGGCUUGCCGGAGGCACUCCGUUCGUGGACAACGAAAUGUCCGAAACGGAGGUGUUCAUCCGCAACGGGGAAUUGCUGGUAGGCAUCCUGGAUAAGAACCACUUCGGUGCGACACCUUACGGCUUGAUUCACUGUAUGUACGAGCUAUACGGUGGACAUUGCUCCUCCGCUCUGUUAUCCUCGCUUUCCCGACUAUUCACCUACUACCUCCAGUGGGAAGGAUUCACGCUGGGUGUGAAGGAUAUCCUGGUUCAGAAGGCAGCGGACAAAAAGAGAGCGAAAAUAAUCAAAGCUUGCCGCCAGAUUGGCCAUCAGACUGCCGCUUCCGCCCUAGAUUUACCCCCGGAUGUGUCCGAAUCCGAGCUGAACGCUCGAAUGCAGGAAACGUACGCCCGGAAUCCUAAAUUCCGCGCCAUAAUCGAUCGAAAAUUCAAAACGGCACUCGACACCUACACCAACCAAAUUAACGAAGCUUGCCUUCCGGGUGGAUUGAUCACGAAGUUCCCCGACAACAACCUCCAGCUGAUGGUGCAAUCCGGGGCGAAGGGUUCCACGGUCAAUACCAUGCAAAUCUCCUGCCUUCUCGGACAGAUCGAGCUGGAGGGUAAGCGACCUCCACUGAUGAUAUCCGGGAAGUCGCUGCCCAGUUUUGCCAUCUUCGAGACGUCACCCAAGUCGGGGGGAUUCAUUGAUGGUCGCUUCAUGACCGGAAUCCAGCCACAGGAUUUCUUCUUCCAUUGUAUGGCCGGCCGGGAGGGUCUCAUCGACACGGCAGUGAAAACCAGUCGCUCCGGGUAUCUCCAGCGGUGCUUGAUCAAACAUUUGGAGGGGCUGAACAUCAACUACGAUAUGACGGUUCGCGACAGCGAUAACAGCGUUGUGCAGUUCAUGUACGGAGAGGAUGGAAUGGACAUUUCCAAAGCCCAGUUCAUCGAAAGCUCGAAUCACUUCAACUUCCUGGACCUUAACCGUGACGUAAUCGUUCGGCCUGAGCUCACCAGGAUGCUGGCAAACGACGAGGAUAUGAACGACCAGAUUAAAGCGCACGUGAAGAAGAUGAAGGGCUGGUGUAAAAAGAACGGAACCGCUCUCCAAAAACGAAGAGUCUCAGCCUUUGCCAAAUUUUCCACGGACAUGAACGAAACCGUUCGCGCAGAAACCAACGAUCCGGAUCGACUGAAAUCCAAGAGCGGUCGUAUCCGUCUCACAGAGAAGCUUAUCAAGAAAUGGAUCAAAGCAGCGCCGGAGGUAAAGUCAAAAUACAACCGCAAAACAGCCCCGUGUCCCGAUCCCACGGCGUCACUCUUCCGACCCGACAGCUGCUACGGAUCAAUCUCCGAGCAUUUGGAACAGCUCGUCAAACGAUAUCGAUCCGCGCAACGACCGCUUCAUGACAUCGACGAACUGUUGAAGGUGAAAUACAGCCACGCGCUGGCCGCCCCCGGCGAAUCGGUAGGACUGCUGGCGGCACAAUCCAUCGGGGAACCGUCGACCCAGAUGACGCUGAACACGUUUCACUUUGCUGGUCGGGGGGAGAUGAACGUCACCCUGGGUAUCCCUCGGCUGAGGGAGAUUCUCAUGUUGGCGUCGGAGAACAUCAAAACGCCUUCGAUGGAGAUUCCGUUCCGGGCGCACAGGAGUGCCCGAAAGAUGGAGACGAUCGCCGAGAGGAUGAGGAAAACGCUGAACCGGGUGACGGUUGCCGAUGUGCUGGAAGAUAUCAAGGUGAAAUGUCGACUGGUGCUACGACCCGUCCGCGGGAUGGAAUACGUCGUGAGGUUCAACUUUCUACCCCAGGAUGCGUACUCGCACGACUAUCGCAUCGGGCCGAAAGAGAUUCUGCACAAAAUGUCGAGAGAUUACUUCAAGAGUAUGUUCCGCAUCAUCUUUCGAUCGGCCAGGAGCAAGAAUGUGCUAAUCGAAACCUUGCAAGAGUCCAAAUCCAAUCCGGAUACCAAUCCGGAUGUAGAAGACGAGAUUGCGGAUCGUGCCGAACCGAGUGCUUCUCAGUUUGGAGAUGACGGAGCCGUCAGCUCGGACGAGGAUGCUGAGGGGAAUGAUGGUGACGAGGAUGCAACUGAUUCCAAGAGGAAGAAUAAAAAGAGUGACGAAGUGGGGUACGAGUCGGAGGAGGAGGGGGAAGUUGACGAAAGUGAGGAUGAGCUGCCAAACUCCCAGGAAGAUAAAGAGAACGAGAGUAGUGUCGCCUCGCCGGAGCAGGGCAAAUCUGAUAGCGAGGAGGAAAUGAUUAACGGAGGGGCACUGAAUGUUUCCGACAUUAAUUUGGUGGAGGAUACGGAGAAAAUGCUUGUGGAGAGCCAGAGCCAAAUGAUCAGAGAUUAUAUCUACGAUAAGAAAGAAUUUCGUUGGUGCCAGGUAAUGUUCCAUAUGCCGAUGAAAUAUAAGGAAAUUGAUUUCACCAAAAUUCUGCGGGAAAUAGCCGAGAAGUGUGUCAUCUGGGAGAUCCCCCGCAUUCGGCGAGCCAUUACCUAUACCCAGAACGAUCAGCUGUAUUUGAAGACGGACGGUAUCAACAUCUACGCGAUGACCAAGUACAGCAAGAUCCUGGACCUGAAUCGGCUCUACUCGAACGACAUUCAUGCCGUUGCUAAAACGUACGGAAUUGAGGCGGCUUCACGGGUGAUCGUGAAGGAAGUGCAGAACGUUUUCAAAGUGUACGGUAUUACGAUUAACCCGCGCCAUCUGCUGCUGGUGGCGGAUUACAUGACUGUAGAUGGAACCUUCAACUCGAUGAGUCGCAAAGGAAUGGAAAACAACGCCUCACCGCUGCAACAGAUUUCGUUCGAAUCCUCGAUUCAAUUCUUGAAGGCGGCCGCACUGAACGGGAACAAUGAUCAUCUUGAUUCGCCCUCAUCGCGGCUCAUGGUGGGUCAGCUGUGCAAAAGUGGAACUGGAUCGUUCGGGGUGUAUAACAAGGUAGAUAUGUGAAAAAGAGAAGCUCAAAGAGCGUUGAUGUUAUUAUAUAAUAAAUAAAAAGUUUGAUUA